GGGAGCGCAGCCGGGGCGGCGGGGCGCACCGGGGAGCGCCGGCCCGCCGCGCCGAGCGGAGCGGCGCCCUGCAGCGUUUCAGGAGUGCCUGAUUAACAUAAAAGCCAACAUGAAUGUAGGAACAGCGCACAGCGAGGUGAACCCCAACACCCGUGUCAUGAACAGCCGGGGCAUCUGGUUAUCCUACGUCCUUGGAAUUGGCCUGCUGCACGUCGUACUCCUGAGUAUCCCCUUCUUCAGUGUUCCUGUGGUUUGGACUCUUACUAACAUCAUUCACAACAUGAGUAUGUACAUCUUCCUACAUACCGUGAAAGGAACGCCUUUUGAGACCCCAGAUCAAGGGAAGGCUCGGCUGCUCACGCACUGGGAGCAGAUGGACUACGGCGUGCAGUUCACAGCAUCGCGCAAGUUCCUGACCAUCAUGCCCAUUGUACUGUAUUUUCUAACGAGCUUUUACACAAAGUAUGACCGGAUACACUUCAUAAUCAACACCAUCUCUCUUAUGAGUGUCCUGAUUCCCAAACUGCCCCAGUUUCAUGGAGUCCGGAUCUUUGGGAUCAACAAGUACUGAACUGCUUGGAUGGAAUGAAUUGAAGAGGAGCAGGGGAGAGGGGGAAAUUCCUUCUCUUUAGUCCUGUUUUCUUCACCCUCAUGCACACUGGGAUAUAGUUUCAUGGCGGCUGUUUAAAUGCAGUAUCCAAUAGACAUAUACCGCAUGCUGGAUCCUCAUGCCCAAUAAAUCUAAACAAGCUCCAGAGUAGAGUUUAGUGCAGAGCAGGAUACAUGAUGCUGGAUUUCUUUUAUUCCAGUGUCAUCAAGUAGAUGCAGAUACACUGAGACUUCAAGGUACAAAGAUGAUGAAUUCUGGGGAGAUUUUCAUCUAUCCCAGAGACUGAAUGAAAAGUACAGGGAUGAGGGGAAAAGCUUCUAGUGCUGGUACUAUUGCUGUGGUAAAUGCACUUUAGAAUAUGUUUCCCUUUCUGAAGCUAGGUGCUUUAAGCGAUAUGUGGGGAAAUUCAAAGGGAUACAGCCAGACUUUCCCAAUACUUGAUUGUUUUUAGGGUAAGGAUUUCAUAUUUGGGUGGGGAGUGAGGGAGAAGAAAAUGACAGAUUUUUAUUUUAAAACCUUUAUCCCACUGAGAAAGGAAAUUCUUUUACUGAGAAGAAUACAGGAAGGAACGACCUGCAGUUUGACAGAGUUUUCAGUUUUCUAUGGUACCAUUCAUGUAGUUCAGGGGAAAAGUCCUAAUCAGACCCUAAAUCAUGCUGGUUAUUUUCAGCUCAUACCAGAAUCUGAGUAACUUUGCUCCCCACCCUAAACAACCCAUUUUAAAGCACUCUUGAGCACUACCUGACUGCUCACUGUGAGCGUCUGGAUUAAGGGGCAGGGUGCAAGUUAUUCUAAUGAUCAACUAGAAGUGUCACUGAGCUACUUGGUACAUGGAGAUUGUAUAAGGAUGCCAGAAACUGAAGACUGACAGGUAUAGGCCAAAUGAGACACAGAUGGCUGCUUGAUACAGGCAGUUAAUGGCUGUGAUUGGAAUUUUUCUCCUCCAGCCAGCAACUUGGCCUCCCAGGUUUAUGUACGUUACCAACAUCUGCCAGUUCUCCAGUUAGCUGUGGACUUAACUCAGCAUCUCACUUCUCACCAGGGAAAGUGUUUGAUUUCUGACUUAACCUGGAAGUUUGUCCUCUAUGCACAAUGUCUUGCCAAAGUACUGCAGCAGCAUCCCCUGGCCCUCAAAUGACCACUGGAAAGGUAAGGGAGCUGUAGGACAGCUGUACUAACAAAUAGCACCAGCAGCAGACAGCUAACUGAAUUGACCAACAGAAGAAUGUAAUAGGUCACUGAAGAUAACUGAUGAUUUAGUACAGAAAUAGUAUUAAGCUUUCUCCCCAUAAAAUUAUCCACCUAAAUAAAAUAGGUUUGCAGGUUUAGAUCUCCUGGUUGAGAGGUCUUUCUAUUGUUCACAAAGCAGUAGGUUUUUAUUUUGGGUUGUGUGCUGGUUGAAAUGUGUUAUUCCUCAUGCUUCCCCCGGAAAGCCUGUAUUUUUGUUGUCUUAGUGCUUAUAUUAUCUCACAUUUUUGACAACAAUAUAAACAUUUUAAAUAUGGUAUUUUUGUUCCUGCAUUAGCCAAGUAUAGCCAUAGAGGUCAGUGGGCAACAGAGUGAAUACUGAUGACUUGAUGGUCUCAGCAAAGGAUAGAGACAGAAGAACUUCAAGUUUGCAUAUAAGGUCUAGUAAUACUCCAUGCAUAAUUUUGGGCAAGCUGUUUUACUUCUGUCUCAGAUUUACUGUCAGACUGCUGUAGAGAAAGGAAAAAAAAAAAAAACUUAUAUGUGUCUCAGAGGGCUGUUGUAAUACCUAGAGAAGCAUUAUCCAACAUGUUUGAAAUGGAAAUAUUUUAAGUGAAAAGGAAGCUCUUGAGAAGAUAGACAGAAGAGUGAGUCUGGCUUGAUACCUGAGCGCUAUUCUCCAGCAAGGGAGUUUGACAGAUGUCUAACUUGGUUUGUUUUUUUAAAAAAAACCUUUUAACCACAAUGACAUAGAGAUUGCUGCUUUAGUUAAGGUACUAUAUACCCUAAAGCUAAUAUACUCUUUAAGCUACUCGACAAUGACUUUUUAAAUAAAAUAUUGUUUUCAAAUUAGAGCUAGUUCUUCAAUCAGCUAAGUAUCUUUGAUACUGUUGAUUUCUUAGUCAUUUUAAUGUCUUGAAUGCCUGUAGAAGGACUGCUACCUUCACAUUUGUAGAGUCUUUUCUUAACAGGAUGGCAAAGUCAAUAUCUAUGAUGUAGACUGUAUGGUGCUUAACAAAUCUGAAUGUCUGACAGCUCAUGGAAUGUGCAUGCUAUUGGCAAAUCUUCUCCAGAGGAAAGAGCACAAUUCAGUUACUUAGGUAGAACUGGGGGAGAGGGGGGGAGAUAUCCACUUAUCUGCAACAAAAACAAUUGAUUUACCAAGGAUACUUUUGCUUAAAAACAGUAUUCCAACAGAUAUAUGUACUUCUGCAAGUACAUGCACAUUACACAAAAUGAGAUCAAUUUUGACAUUCUCAGCAGAAUGAAGUUAAGGGUCAGAUUUUCAUAAUGAAAUACAGCGCUGUAGCUUCUUUGAAGGCCUUGCUGUUACAACAGCUGAGGAUCUGAACAUACAUUAUUUGUACUCUUAAUUGACACUAUGGACAUUUGAUUCUAUUUUGCUGAAUUAAAGAUUUACUGCAAAACAAUAGAAUGGGAUUACAAGCUUCUUAAAAGAGCAUUUCCUAAAGCCUAAAAUUUCUUGUUAGACAAAGCCUUAAUUAUAAUAGCAAACUUUUCUGAUUUACUUUGUUCACACUGAAAUGAAUUAAAAUAGCCAUUACACAUAUAUAUUUGAAGUUACAUGGCAAAUUACAUUCUUUACAACAUAGGCACAACAUUUUUGCCAUGGAAUAUCUGAAAGUUAACUUGGACUCAUACAGUUAGUCCAAUAAAGUGAAGUAUAAAUGAAAACAGGAGAAAUAUGGAAAAGAGUAAAAACUGAAGAAACAUUUCAUUUUAAUUUCAUAGUAUGUUAAGUAUCUAGAUAAGGAAGAUCCUAUCAGAUCAAUAAUUGUUCAAAUAGCUAUUAAUCUUAAGAUGCCAUCUUCAGGGUAAGUAUGACAACUAAUAAAAAUGGAAAACAAGCCACAGAUUAAUUUUAAUUAAGCCACAGUUGCAAUUGCUACUUGCUAGGUGUACGCAAGUUAGGUUUAACUUAGAGCUCUGGUACUGCUGGUUGAGCCACCUUCAUACACAAGUUUUGUGGCUGGCUCCUUCCUGUCAGUGUCAAGGACAACAAGCUAUACCUGACCUAACUUCUUGUUAACUAUCUCCACUGCAACAGUGUGAAAAUAACAGAGUUUUGGGUCUCCUGGAACUCUGCACCAAAACUACUUCUGUUUUAAUCUUUGUUUUAUAGAAACAAGAGUUUAGUCCUAAGGCUAAUCAUGGACACAAAAAAGUUAAAGAGGAUAAUCAAAACACUAAAACUCCUAUGGGAUAAGUCACUUCAAAGAAAAGGAACAUCAGGAUAAAAGACAGGAUGAGGGACCUUCAGACACUACUGUAUUUGCAGCUAGCAUAGCAGUGAUACAAGAGUGAAGCCUACCUUUUGCAUAGAGAACCAGAAUGUGAGUGAAAAGACUGUCCAUUAAUUCUUCUAGACCACAGGAUCUUCUCCAAGUACCUGCCUGAAAGAGAGAGCUGAUUGUUACUGAUUUUAAAUGAGAUUUUGAUCACAACACAGGUGACAUUUUCUGCUAAGCUUUGUACUGGCUCCCUGCACAGUGACUAGGGUAAGCUUCAGCUGGAGAAUUAAAGGCAGACUCCAUUGUGUGACUGAGAAACAAAGAAUGGACAAGUAUGUACUUAAAAAUGCUUUUCAUUUUUGUUUUGCUGUGGAUGGAGAAAGGAAAGUUUUUGAAAAGCACCACUAGAUGAGUUCACAGGCACUGGCAAAAACCAUCCCUUUGCCCAAUCUUGUGGGCAAAAGCUGCUCUACGCUGUUGUUAAGACUAUGUACUUACUCAGUACAAAAAUCAUUGCACCAGGGAAAGUCACAAAACAAUCAAGUAUUACCAGCUUCCUGUUUCUGAAUUAGGGAUCAUGUCUUGCAAUUCAUUUAAUACAGCUAACGAGAUGUCAUGGAGCCCAACACUUUGCAGGAGAAAGCCUUUUAAAAAAAAAUAAUAAUAAUACCCUGAGAUCCAGGGCUACUUAAUUUCAGAGUAUUUUUCUUUUUUUAUUAUUAUUUUUAAUAAAAGCAUGGUACUGGCCCUUGAAAAAGGGACAGCAGCUGGGUUAUCAUUGUUAACACAUUAAUAUUUCCUGUUAUGACUUACAUUGCUUUAUCAUUGCCCACAAUAUGUAUUUUAAGCAUGCAAGUGUGUGUAUGUAUGUAUGUAUGUAUGUAUCCAUCCUCCCUGGAUCAAUUUAAGCAAGCUAAAUUAGUUUUUUAUGGAACAUUUUCACAUUGUACAUAGUUUUAGGGUUUUUUUCCAGUAGCCCUCCUUUUUGCUGUGUAUACAAAAGUCUCAUCUAGAGAACUUUCUAAACUAAAGUGUGAAUAUUUUUAUUACUCCUUUGUACAGCAUUCUAAGAGAAACUAAUAAAGCAAGUAUUCGUGUAAAAA